AUGAUGCAACGCCGCUGCCGGAUUACAGGAACAACGUGCUAUCCAUUGUACACAUACAAGCAGGGCGACUGGGACAAGAAGGUGCGGUCGACAAUGCAGCCAUCGUUCCGCGGCAACGCUGCGACGGCGUACGGUAAACGGUCAGAGCCCAAGGCACGCCAGAAGUAUGAAGCUACAAGACAAGUACAAGUGUUCACUUGUGGCCUAAUUGUAUCGCCAAGCAACCCCUGGCUUGGCUGCUCUCCUGAUGGUGUGCUCUUUGAUGGUGGAAGGCCAGCAAAGUUGCUGGAGAUCAAGUGCCCUACCAAGGGGCAGACCAUGAGCGCAGAAGCUCUCCUUGCAACCUGUGACUUUCUCGAGAAAGAUGAUGCAGAUAUUUACACGCUGAAGGUGCGUCAUACCCACUAUGCCCAGGUGCAGCUGGGAAUGGCGCUUUUAGAUGUGAGGACAUGCGACCUUGUUGUUUAUGCGGACUUUGAUAGCAGCAUAAAAGUUUUAAGUGUAAGUCUUGAUGAAGCUUUCCUGUGGUUUCUGCUCACCAAAGUGAAGAAUGUGUACUUCGAACGCAUACUUCCAGUUCUGUGUUCAUGUUAG